AUGACGUCUACUUUCAGCUUCGGGUUUUCGGGGGAGGAUAUUGAUAUCGACGAUGCUGAGAUUAACGAUGCUUAUGAGAUGGGUCCCUCCGCUGCACAAGAGGCCGGUGCUUCACUUCCGGGUCUUGUCGAGGCUAGGAAACACGAGAUGGAAGAAUGGACUUCUACUCUUCCUUCUCAAAUAGCAUACAACACGCUUAAAAUCACUUCCUCCACAGCCACGGCGACCCCACUGACUAUUGCCCGUCGGGAGGUCUUUGAUAUCCGUGCUCAGCUGAUGGUAGAAGACAGCGCCGAGGAACAGAACGGAGAGCUUAUUGCCGGUCUUGAAAAAGGCGACAUCAAGCCUAACUUCUACGAAGGCGGCUUUAAAACAUGGGAGUGCUCUAUUGAUUUGGCGAAGCUGCUGGUUCGCAGUGAUGACCAAGGGGGGAUCUUCCAUAAGAGCACGCGAGAAGAUCGACAUAUAAUCGAGCUUGGAGCGGGAACUGGUGUACCCUCGCUGGCGCUGUUUGCGCAGCUCUUGUCCGAAACAACGGAGACGGAGUCAACGGCGGCAGAGAAUGCUCGCAGGACGCAUUUCACAUUUGCAGAUUACAAUUCGGCUGUCCUUCGCCUGGUCACUUUCCCGAAUCUGCUCCUAACGUGGAAUUCUAUCACCUCACAUCGCAAUACCGCUCCAUCAUCUGAGGACCAAACUGAGGACAAGGCGGCUGACGCAAAAUCCAGAGAAGAGGAGGAGGAGGAGGAGGAGGAGGAAGGGGAAUUAGACAUUACUCCCGAGCUAGUGGAGAGCUUCCAAAGGGAUCUCGCCAGGCGAGGCAUCACGAUCAAGUUUAUUUCGGGAGCAUGGUCUCCGGCCUUUGUUGAUUUGGUCUUCUCAUCUGGGGAGCGAAGCGAAUACAAGACAUUGGUUCUUGCCAGUGAGACGAUUUACUCGCCUGCGUCGUUGGUUGCGUUUUCUGAGACGCUGCUGGCGUUGCUUCGUCGUCCUUUAGCGGAGACGAAAGCCCUGGUGGCGGCUAAGAAGGUCUAUUUCGGUGUCGGGGGUGGCGUGGAUGAGUUUUUGGCCGUGCUACGGACAGUAUCUGAUCAUUGUUUAGAUGUGAAGGAGCGGCUGGACGUCAAGUCGGAAGGAGUUGGGAGGAUCAUUCUGGAGAUU